UUUCACUGUCCCAACUUCUACUAUUUUAUACUACUGCACAAUGUUAAAUACUUUUAACUACAUUAACACUCUCAACUUCUGACCUUGAAAUCCUCAGUUUUGCAACUGAUUAGUAGAUUUCUUCAUCCGGGGAUUCGAAAUGUCGAGUCUUGAGAUGAUACAUUUGGACUUAGAAUGUGGUGGUCACCGCGGCUCUGCGGGUUUUUCUCAGGUUGAGGGGAGUACUUAUCCUCAGUUUUAUCCCAAUGCUGAUGGACCAAAUGAUGGUGGUUUUGAUUUUGAUCAUAAAAUUGAGCAGGUUUUGAAUUCGGUGAGGGUUUCGUCGAUGGUUGGAUCACAGAGUUGGGUGGAGAGCAAGAAUGAGGCUCAGGAGCUGAAGGUGCAUUCGGAGAAAGUGGAGAGGGAUUGCAGAAUCUGUCAAAUGAGCCUUGAUUUUGAUGAUGGUGAUCAAGAUUCUGGAGUUCCUAUCGAAUUGGGGUGUUCGUGUAAGGAUGAUCUGGCUGCUGCUCAUAAGCAUUGUGCCGAGGCUUGGUUCAAGAUCAAGGGAAACAAGACAUGCGAAAUUUGCAAUUCAGUUGCACACAAUGUUGUUGGUCCGAACGAUGUGGAAUCAUCAGAGCACGCGAAUGAGACGACUGCUGCAGCCUCAGCUCCGUCUUCAUCAACCAGGGAGACGCGGACCUGCUUGAAUGGCCACCGCUUCCUGAAUUUCCUUCUUGCUUGUAUGGUUUUCGCCUUUGUAAUCUCGUGGCUAUUCCACUUCAACAUACCAUCAUAAAUUUCCUCUAAAUGUAUGUUCAGAUUCAGAGAGUUUAUUUGCUAGAUAUCGUCUUAUUAGCAUUUCGAGGCAUUCUCACA